AUGGUAUCAUACAAUUUUGGCACCCCUAAUUGGUAUGGACUCUCUGGAAAAAUAGGAAUAACUGGUGUUGGAAUAAUGAGGAGUGCAACUCAACUGGGUGUGCAAGCCUUUCAAAUUUGGAAUGAUUGGUAUAUAGCACAAAAUUUCCAGGUAACUAGUGUGACUGAGGAGCACAUGCAGCAGCAUACUUGGCAACCACCGCUAAUUGGAUGGCUAAAAUGUAAUGUAGACGCCAGGUUUCAAGCACAAGGCAGUAUCACAACUCGAGGGUGGUGUAUAAGAGACGAGACGGGACAGUUUGUACGCGCAAGAACAGCAUGGGAAGUUGGUGCUCAUUCUAUCAUUGAAGCUGAAGCUUUGGCCUUGUUAGAUGCAAUGCAGUCUGUCAUACUCAUGAAUGUGGAGCACAUAGUGUUUGAGAGUGAUUCGGAAAUAGUUGUAGACGGAGUGCACACGAGAUAUGGUGGAAAUUCCGAAUUUAGUAUGCUUAUUUCUAGUAUUAAGAGUUUGCUAACUUUACAUUCCAACUUUGAGGUAAAGUUUAUUAAACGCCAAGCGAAUUCGGUUGCUCACUUGUUAGCUAAGGCGGCCAAUUCUUGGCCUAGACGUUGUGGGUUUUAUUCAUUACCUCUUUGUAUUGAGAACCAGUUGAUGAAUGAUAUGAAUUAA